GAGGAGGAGGAGUGUGAACAUUGCGGAGUUCUCGGGGAUUCCGAGAAUAUACAGUUCAGACUGAGACCCGACAGUCGGUGCUGGAGCCCGACGAGUUUUUGGACACUACUUCCAUUUGGCGCGGCGCACGGAUAGCGGAAUCAGGUUCCCGUGUGGCCACGUCUGAGAUCAGAAGAGCAAACAGGCAACGCUGAGCCAUUGGUUCCUCCCAGAGGAUCUCCCAAAUAUAGAGCUUAUGGUUCAUCAGGACAGAGAAACCUGCUCAUUCCUCUGGUUGUACUUACAACAUAUUUUAAAGCAGUGCGGAUUUACUCAUAGAAUGCGCAGCGAUGCCAGCUGGGUUUUCGUGCUUGACAUUACAAAUGCCCACUGGUCCUGUAUGUAAAACUCUUUGACUGAAAAGGAACAAAAUCCAAAGCACGGUUGGAGUUCUCUGCUCUCAUCAUUUAUGGCACAGAUCUUACUAAGACAUUUUCAUUAGUUGUAAAACAUCACAUCAGGGCAUCCUACUGUUGAACAUGACUCAUGGGGUGGAGUCUGGCACUGAAACUCACCAGGAUUCUGCUGCUUUAACAUAUCUGGAAGGUUUGCUAAUGCAUCCGGUCACCACUGGACCUGCUGCCACUGCUACACAGAGGUCAGAACCUGUCCAAAACAAUGAAGAGAAUGCCAACAGGGUGACUAGGGUGUUUCAGCUCCCUAACCAUGGCUCCCCCUCACAAGACAAGCGUAGCCCACCUAGUGCGGCCUCACAGCACCUUAAAAAAGCCAGGCUGCUUCGCUCAGGAGCAUGGAGUGAAGAUGACAGCCAGAAACAAACAGGCACUGUAGCAGAAGUGAACGGACAGAGAAAGCAGCACUACAAAGGAGGCCUGGAUGGCUCUGAGCAGGGGGAGAGCACCUUGCUCGCUUCUCUGCUGCAGUCCUUCAGCUCUCGGCUGCAGAGUGUCGCCUUGUCACAGCACAUUUCUCAAAGCCACAAACUGCUCGACAGGGACAGCAGUGAAAGUGCUCCUGCUGAUAAGGAAACCUACCAGAGUUACGGCACAGCAUCAGGCCGCCUAAAAAGCCUCAUGAGGAAAAGCAAGCAACCGAACCAUAACACCGUGCCUUACUGUCGGCAGAGCAACCAGAACCGAAGCUCAGAUUCUCCUCAUUCUUCUCAAAGCUCUGCCCAGCCCACUAGCUCUGAAUCCAUGUCCUGCACUGAGCGACUCAAGGCUGUUGCCAACAUGGUACACACUAGGUCCAGUCCGGCCCCUUCACCCAAGCCCAGUGUCGCCUGCAGUCAGCUAGCCUUGUUGCUGUCCAGCGAGGCUCAUCUACAGCAGUACUCCAGAGAGCAGGCCAUAAAAGCACAAUUAACCAGUAGAUCAGCCAGCGAGAGGCUAGCAGCCAUGGCUACUCAACAAACGCAGGAUAAGAGGCCUCCCAGCAUGGGGCAGCCAACAACUGCCCCAGACAUGCUAAGCCCCUUAAAUGUUCAAAACGGAACACUCCCCCCACCAGCAGUAAACUCCAGCAAAAAAAGCCCUUCCCUUUCCUCACCCUCCAUGAGACCCCCCAAAGAGAGACGGCCCUUCGACAGACAUGGUCGACCGCCACAAAACUGCAGCAGCCUGUUGCUCCUACUUCUGAACAAUCACAACUCCCAGCAGCAGCUCACCAGAAAUGGACACCUGGAGGAUGACUAUGGCAUCCUCCCGAGCCAGGCCUCCUCUCUGCAGUCUGACAGCGAGUACUCCAGCCAAGAUAACAGCUUGACCAAAGACAGCAGUGAUGCUGUGAGCUUCUCCAGCUGUUCCCCCAUCGACCUCUCCAUGAAAAGCAAAGCGCUUAGCCAAAAAUCCGAAGCCUGCUCUUCCUUAACCCCCUCUGUGGAUAAGCUCACAGAGUCUCUCAUAAACACGUGGAAGCCGGACCCUUCUGUGCCAAAGGUCCGUGAGGCCACAGAUCUGGAUACCAGCCCAGAUGUGAAAUCCCAUGAUAAGGUCACUCUAAUGCAGUUACUGCUGGACCGCAGAAAUAACGAGAAGGUAAACAAAAGUUCAGUUAAUCCUAGUUUGCGGCCUGACGCAAUAAUCAGCAGCUUGACUGCAGGCCCACUUAAACGGAUUGGCACACCUGAGGACAGCAGAACGUGGAGUCCUCUGGACCGGCAAACAGCUACCUUCAGCUCGAUCUCCCCUUCAUACUCCUUUCCCUCACCCCAUGCCCAGUCCAGUCCCUUAGAUCUGUGUAAGUCUAAAGCUCACUCAAGUGAAAAGACACUGGAACCUCCUUUCAGUGCCAGCAAGCUACUACAAAAUCUGGCCCAGAGUGGUAAAAACAACUUGUCACCCUCUCCCCCUCACAAACUGACAAGCAGAAGGCAAAGCCCAGAACUUGAGCUUGACAAGCCUCAGGCACGAUUGGAUCAACGUGUUGUUCCACACAAGCGGAACAGAGCCUCCAUGCUAGAUGGAGGUUCCCCUCCUGCACUCCCAGCUCAUAAAUGUGAGCGAUCACCCUCUGCGUCAACACAGAUAGAAAACCUUCUUGAGAAACGCACGGUACUGCAGCUUCUCCUGGGAACAGCUUCCCAGAAGGAAAGAACCAGUGGGCACAGAGUCUUGGAAGAAACCUCAGGGGGACUGGAGAAACUCAGAGGGACUCUGUCAACUGUGACAGCUCAAACGGACCUUCUCCGCAACUUAAGAUCAAAACUGAGCCAGUAGAGGAGAAUCUUUCAUCAGAUAGCUCUGAUGAUGGGGUGUACAAUCAGAGACGAUCAUCACAACACUCACCUAUU